AUGCGGAUCGGGCGAACUGCCCCGACGCCAUCACCAUCGCCCCUCGCCGCCACCUCAACCCCGCGACCCCUCUCCUCCCGCGUGGCGCCGUCUGACCCGAAGCCGCUCGUCGCCCCGACCCCUUCGCUCCCGCCGUUGUGCACUGUCGCCGGAUCGCCGGCGCCACCUCGCCCCGACGUCGCCCCGGCGCCUCGUCCUCGUCAUCGCGACGUCCUCGACCUCUUCCCCAACCGUCCACCCCAAGCCCAUUGCCGUUCCCUACAGCUCCUCCGUGAGCACGCCCCCUGUCUGGCCCCUCUCCCCUCUGCCUCCCCUAGUAACCGCUACUCGCCCGCCGUUUUGUGCGUCGCUGCCACCCUCACCUUGGUCGCGCGCUCCAGCCCGCCCGUGCUACGACCGUCUCGUGCGCUUGUUGUCGCUGCAGCCGGGGCCCCGCUCCUUCACCCGCUCACCCCGCCGGCCUCCGCUGCUGAAGCUGCGCCCGCCGUCCGUGACCCGCUCUGCUGCCCGCCACGCCAGCCGCGCCCGCCGGCGUUCUGCCAUGCGUGCAUAGCCCUGGUGGCCGGCCCUGUUGGUUAA